AUGCAGUUCUUCAAGUUCCUCUCCCUUUUUGCCCUUUCCUCCGUCGCUACCGCCCAGCUGGCUGGCGUCAGCGAGGGCGACCUCUCUCCUCGUGACUUCGCCGAGGCUGCCGAGGCCGAGUACCUCGUUGCUCGUGACGAGUACAUUGAGAAGCGUGACAUCUUCCGCCGCGCCGGAGGUAACGGCAAGUGCGCCUCGGCUGGUAAGAGUGGCUAUAAGCAGUGCAGGAGGUACGAUGCCGCCAAGAAGACGACCAUCAACUGCGGUCCCUGCGACAAGAACGCCGCCAUCGGCCAGUACUGCCUCUGCAACUGGUAA